ACGCUUGCUCCUCCUCAAAUCUGUGAUUUUUUAAGUAAUCGAUAGUGUUCAAAAGUGAAGAGAAAUGGAAGGGAAGGGAUGUUGUGUGAGUGUUAUUGAGAAGUGUAGGCCGUACAUAGCCAUGAUUUCUCUUCAAUUCGGGUAUGCCGGCAUGAACAUCAUCACCAAGGUUUCCCUCAACCGAGGUAUGAGUCACUAUGUUCUUGUCGUUUACCGGCACGCCUUCGCCACCGCCGCCGUUGCUCCCUUCGCUCUUGUUCUUGAGAGGAAAGUGAGGCCCAAGAUCACAUUCCUCGUUUUCAUGCAAAUUCUCGUUCUCGGACUUCUUGGGCCUGUGAUUGAUCAAAAUCUGUACUACGCGGGCUUGAAGUUAACUACCCCAACCUAUUCAUGUGCUAUAAGCAACAUGCUCCCCGCACUGACAUUUCUCAUGGCAGUUAUCUGCAGGAUGGAGAAGGUAGACUUCAGAAAAGUACGAUGUCAGGCGAAGGUGAUUGGGACGAUAGUCACAGUUACGGGGGCUAUGUUAAUGACACUGUACAAGGGCCAAGUCAUAAACUUUUUCUGGUCUCAUUACAUGCGUCACCCCAGAGACUAUACUCCUUCUACGGCCACUGAUUCUGGGGGAAAAGACUGGUUUAAGGGUUCUAUUCUGCUCAUAAUUGCGACCCUUGCCUGGUCUUCUUUCUUCAUCCUUCAGGCAGUGACGUUAAGGACAUACCCGGCUCAGCUAUCCCUCACAUCACUGGUGUGUUUCAUGGGUACACUGCAAUCAAUUGCGGUCACGUUUGUGAUGGAACAUAAUCCCUCUGUUUGGAGAAUUGGGUGGGACAUGAAUCUGCUAGCCGCGGCCUAUGCGGGUAUAGUAUCGUCAGGCAUUGCCUAUUACGUUCAGGGGGUUGUGAUGCAGAGAAGAGGGCCCGUUUUCGUGACUGCUUUCAGCCCUUUGAUGAUGAUCAUUGUAGCUAUCAUGGGCUCUUUCAUCCUGGCCGAAAAUAUCUACUUUGGAGGAGUGAUAGGGGCUGUGCUGAUCGUAGUGGGUCUGUACUCGGUUCUGUGGGGAAAGUACAAGGAGAACAAGGAGAAAGAAGAGGCAGAGACAAUCUCAGAGGCAAUAAAAGGAUGUUCAGAAAAUGGAAGGAUGGCACAAGUGAAGGAAGAUAUUGAAGCAAACCCUGUUGAAAUGCAAAAGGUUGAAGGCCCUGUGGUUAUAGCUAUUAGUGUUCCCAAAGCUUAAAGGAGCAGAGACGAGACAGUAAAGAGAAUAGCAGAGGGUGCUUCGCAUGCGUGAGGGGCAGAGAGAGAGAGAUUUCAGGGGACCUUUUUUGCACCUUCAAUUUUUGCUGUUCUGACAUUUAAUUAAUAACAGAGUAUUGGAUAUAUUAUUAAAGCUAUUUCUGAGUUAAGUACUGUAGAAGGAAAACACGUUUAGUUUACGAAUUUCUGAUUAAGGGAUCAAAUCUGGGAGAAGAAGAAGGGAAUAAUAUGAAAGAAGGGAAUCCGUUUUCAGACAAUGCGUGGGGUUUAAUGAUUCGCGUUUGGAUUCUCUGCACUGCAAAUGAAAUUGCCGUCUUGUCUUCUUGUGCUAA